AUGGCGGCUCGAAAGAAAACCCCCGUAGCAAUUCCGCUGAUUCUCAAUCGUCAACAGCCACGGUCUCAGUACCAAAAUCAAUAUCUACCCAACGGAAAUGCCUCUGGCCCUGUCCCGGGUGCUCAAGCUCUCCUCCCCAACAAUGGCCGAAUUAUCCAAGCUGGUCCCAUUCGAGUUCUCUGCAUCGCAGACGUAAGAGGCUACCUCAAGUCUCUCAACGAUCUGGCAAAGACAGCCAAAGCCGACUACAUCCUACAUACCGGCGACUUUGGCUUCUAUGAUAAUAGCUCGUUGGAGAGAAUAGCCGAGAAGACUUUGAAACAUGUCGCACAAUAUUCUCCCCUUCUCAGUGAGCAUGUCAAACGCCAAAUUGCGCAACCAAACCCUCCUCGACCGAUCAAGCAAAUGUUCUCACCCGAUCAACUUCCUCUCUCGGAAUUGCCUCUCCUACUGAAUCGACAAAUCACACUAGAUGUCCCUGUGUACACAGUCUGGGGUGCUUGCGAAGAUGUCAGAGUGUUGGAACGUUUCCGCUCUGGUGAAUACAAGGUUGACAAUCUUCACAUCAUUGACGAAGUUAACUCUAGGUUACUCGACAUUGGUGGAGUCAAACUGCGAUUACUCGGCCUCGGCGGUGCGGUCGUCAUUCACAAGUUGUUUGACAAUGGUGAAGGCAAGACCUACAUCGCGGGGGGUCAGGGCACCAUGUGGACGACUCUGCUCCAGAUUGGAGCGUUGAUCGAUACUGCAAAUCGUGUAUACGACCCUUCUGAAACCCGCAUCUUUUUGACCCACGCUUCUCCGGCAAGAGAUGGAAUCCUCAAUCAACUCUCCGUCACCCUCAAGGCCGACUUCUCCAUCUCAGCAGGUUUGCACUUCCGCUACGGCAGCUCAUACAAUGAAUUCUCCGUCAAUCCUUCCCUGGAUCACUAUCGUGGUAAACUUGCCGCAUCCAAGGCGUCCUUCCAAGACGUAUGGGAGACUGUCAAGAUGGAUGUCGAGCAAGCGAUCGAGUCGAAUGCUAGUCACAAGACGCUCCUGCACAGUGCCCUCGAGAUUGUUGAGAAGAUGCCGAGCACAGCCAAUGGAGGCAAUCCCUUCGGUGGGCCAGUCGGAGGUGGUGCAGCUGGUCAAGUGGACGAGAGCGCGUUCAAGAAUAUGUGGAACUUCAACCUUGCAGACGCUGCCUUCGGAUAUCUUGUGCUCGAGAUCGAUGGAGGCCGCAUUGGAACAGAAAUGCGAGCUCAAGGGUUCAACUUCGCUCAUCGCGGAAAGCCCACUGCAGGUGGCCAGCUUCCACAGCAGCCAUCUGCAGUAUCAGCUUCCGUCGCGCCAGUCCCCGGACCUGCGACUGCACCUACCGGCCCCGCACAACAUCGCGCCCCGGCGUUCCAAGCACCACCACAACCAUUCCCUCAACAACCCAAACCACAACUUCAACAGCAGCAGUCAAGACCUGCUCUGACGGGAUCAACCCCCGUCCCCAAGUCUGCAACACCACCAUCAGCUGCAUCUCCCGCACCGCCAGUUGCCCAAGCCAAGCCACUGACUCCUCAACCUUUAUCCACCGCUGUUCCAACCACAUCUGUAUCUGCGAAUAAGCCUGCUACUCCGGCGACCAACGGCGCGGGUGGCGACAAGGGCGGAGAAAGUGAAGCUGCAAAAGCCAAGGCUGGAACGCCUCCAGUAGAUCGCAAGGCACCAACAGCCCUUUACGUUUCUUCUGCUGAGAGUGAGCAAGGAGCGAGAGACUUGAUUGCGGAGGAGGAUCGUGACAAGAUCAAGUCCAUCAUCCGAUUAGGUAGUAAAUUCUUUAACUGGAAGGUGCAGUUUGAAAAUCACGACGUUGCCCAAGGAGCAUUGAUUCGAGCACAAGCGGAGGCAUCAAAGCACAAGAGCCCUACCGGUAGAAUCCCUAAGAUCAUGUUCUUUGAGGAGAAGCCAUCCACAUUCCACCAACGCGAUAACCACAGCCAAGGAGGCGCUGGGACGUGGCAGGGCAGCAACCGUGGAGCUUCAAGCACCGGUAACACCCCGUCAACUCGUGGCGGCUAUCAGAGCGGAGGUGCCAGCGAUAGUGAGACUGGGCGUGGUCGUGGAGGAUUCCGUGGUCGUGGACGUGGUGGACGCGAGGACCGGGGCGGACGCGGAGGACGUGUUGGAGGUCGUGGCGGAUUUCAGAACAAGACGGGCGACGGAUCAUCAGAAGGCAAAGGCUCGGAGGUCAAGGGCCCUGACAGCAAGCCAGCAGCGACACCCGCAGAGAGCUGA